GAAAAGUUGUACAAAAACAGCGACUUUUGGUGUGGUUCGUUGAUUUAAACUGAAGCGCCGAAGUGGAGGGGAAAUGGCCGCCAAACUCAAAAACCCUAGCAAAAUUCUCAACCCCAACUGGACUCAGCUUCAGGAGAAGCUGAAACUCAAUGGCUCCGAGAAUAAUUUUUCCAAGCACUCAAGUAAAUCAAAUACAGAAACGUCGAGAAGCAUAUUAGGGAAGCGGAAGGAGAGGUCGAAUGAGGAGUCACAAGCAUCAAAACCAAAUCCAUUGAUUCCAAUUUCCUCUGACUGCAGUCUCACAGAAAUGGUGGCUAUGGAUUGUGAAAUGGUUGGUGUUAGCUCACUGGGGAACAAGAGUGCUCUUGGAAGAGUAACUCUGGUAAACAAAUGGGGAAAUGUUGUAUACGACGAGUAUGUACGUCCGCUGGAAUAUGUUGUUGAUUUUCGUACUGAAAUAAGUGGGAUUCGGCCUCGUGACUUAAAAAAAGCAAAAGAUUUCAAUGUUGUUCAAAAAAAAGUAGAUGAGAUAAUCAAUGGCAGAAUCCUUGUAGGUCAUGCGCUGCACAAUGAUCUUAAAGCAUUGCUGUUGACACAUCCAAAGAAGGAUAUACGAGAUACUGCACAAUAUGCUCCAUUUCUAAAGGAAGGACGAAGUCGCUCCUUGAAGAACCUUGCAGAUGAAUUUCUCAGUGUUGACAUUCAAAAUGGCGAGCACUGUCCGGUCGAAGAUGCCCGAGCUGCUAUGCUUCUUUACCAGAGAAACAGGAAACAAUGGGAAAGGAGCGUCAAAGAUUUCAAGAGACUCAAGGAAAAACAGAAGAAACGAAAGCCCAAAAAGAAGUUGAAAGAUACAGCAGAAGGCACAUGAUUUAAAUCUCUACAGGGUAAAAGCUCAAACGCUUUGGUAAAUUAAAAUGUAGAAAUAUUACAUGAUUGUACCAAAUAUUCUUGCUUUCCUGAUGAAAAUGUCUGUGCAGCUGAGUUCUUUGGCAA